CUAAGCUCAGUCGAGCCAGCGCCGUGAUCGGAGUUGGAAUAGUGACUGGCGAACUGUGUUCCGAGCAGGCGUAUCCGCUCUCGGCGUUCUAGUCGCUCCUGUAAUCACGCGUACACGAAAUUAAUUCGGUUCGGCUGACAAAACCGAGGUCGAAUAUUCGAAUCAGUCGUCUCGUCUCUCGUUCGAUCGUUUCUUUGGCUCCCGCCGUGUACUCCUCCUACACUUCUCUGUCUUUCUCCGUCGUACACACUCGAUUCACCGACAGUUUAGUUGUCGCUGCUCGUUAACCGCCGUGAAUGACUGUCGCGAAGGCCUUUUUUUUACGGAGCCGCCACAGACAUGGCAGUGAAAAUGCGGUAGUGACAGUGGUACACUAGAGACAGGGAUAAGAAGGGAAUCCCUGACUGCGUUUUGUAGGCGCGAGGACGCCACGAGUUUACUCGAGAAAAUCGAAGUGAACGAAAUUACGGGGAGAGGCUCCUUGAAGCCCAGGGCCAGAAGUUAUGACGAGCUCGUGUGUUCGAGGACGAGGAAUUUACGCGCAUGUGUCCAGUGGGAUUUAGUGUCGGCGAUAAACCAUUCUUUCCAGAUCUGGAUACCUUGCUCUCGACACCUACGGGACCUGGAUUAUCUCAUGUCAGGAUGGCGCUGGCGCGACUUGCGGUGAGCGACUGUGCGCCUCAAACGUCGCGGGUCAGCUCAAACUUGCACAGCAGCAGUAGUAUGGCAGUAAGCCGUGUACCAAGCCCUCCACCACCGGAAGUGAACACCCCUGUGGCCGAAAAUUGGUGUUACACGCAGGUGAAGGUGGUUAAGUUCAGCUACAUGUGGACGAUAAAUAACUUCAGCUUUUGCCGAGAGGAAAUGGGAGAAGUACUAAAGUCGUCCACCUUCUCAGCAGGGGCCAACGAUAAAUUAAAAUGGUGCCUAAGAGUGAAUCCUAAGGGUCUGGAUGAGGAGAGCAAAGACUACCUGUCUCUGUAUCUCCUUCUCGUUUCGUGCAACAAAUCUGAAGUCAGAGCAAAGUUCAAAUUUUCUAUUCUUAAUGCCAAAAGAGAAGAAACCAAAGCAAUGGAGAGCCAACGUGCUUACAGGUUCGUCCAAGGUAAAGAUUGGGGUUUUAAGAAGUUCAUUAGGAGAGAUUUCUUAUUGGAUGAAGCCAAUGGACUUUUGCCCGACGAUAAACUCACGAUAUUCUGUGAGGUCAGCGUAGUGGCGGACAGCGUGAAUAUUUCCGGGCAAAGUAAUACUAUACAAUUCAAAGUUCCAGAAUGUCGACUACCGGAUGACCUUGGGCUUCUGUUUGAAAACCAAAAAUUCAGCGAUGUCACGCUGACAGUGUGUGGAAGGGAAUUUCAGGCGCACAAAGCCAUCCUUGCAGCGCGAAGUCCCGUUUUCUCGGCGAUGUUCGAGCAUGAGAUGGAGGAAAGAAAACAAAACCGCGUGGACAUCACCGACGUGGACCACGAAGUGUUACGAGAGAUGUUGCGGUUUAUAUACACCGGAAAGGCAGCAAAUUUGGAAAAAAUGGCGGACGAUUUACUAGCUGCGGCGGACAAAUACGCAUUAGAAAGGUUGAAGGUUAUGUGCGAGGAAGCAUUAUGCACGAGUUUAGCAAUCGAAAACGCAGCCGACAUCCUGAUUCUCGCUGAUCUUCAUAGCGCCGAUCAACUCAAGGCACAGGCCAUAGAUUUUAUCAAUACACACGCGACGGAUGUGAUGGACACAGCAGGUUUUAAGUCGAUGGUGAACUCUCAUCCGCAUCUCAUAGCGGAAGCGUUUCGAGCGUUAGCCACCCAACAAAUUCCACCGAUCGGACCGCCCAGGAAGCGAGUGAAACAGAGCUGAAAACAGUCACCGUUAACUCCGGGCACGACCUCCACAUCGCCCCCGCCUAUUCUGCAUCCUUCAUGACUUUUUUGUGUACAGUGAUACAAGUAGUGCUAAAUAAAUGUUUCCUAGUGCGCCAUCAUCUGGUCCACUUGAAAAGGAACUGCGACGAGAACUGUUCUUCAUGGGUUUUGACCGAUAAACGUAUCUUUCAAACAAGAAAUACAGUGUUGCAACGUUGCAGCGGUUCAAAUGGCCAGCUCCAGACGAGAAACGCAAUUAACCUAUGGCUAUAGACUUUGUUGUAAUUCGGUGAGAUCGUCGACGUUAGAAGAAGCCUAUCACAUAAAAUGGAGAGAGAAGUUCGAGCACUUGUACACACGUAUAUGGAAGAUAAUCUGGAAACAAGUAAAUCAUGAUGCGUUUACCCUAGCUGGUUGGAAACGGUUUGGAGAAUUUUUGGUACUUUGCAUUGUGCGUCUUGUAUUAACGUUACGUUCUCGUGCGUGAGAGAAACAUGUGUUUUUAUCCACCGACACGCAACACAAUCAUGUCAGCGAUUUAUCAAUGCGCAUCAUUAGGGUCUCGCAAUGGAUUUGCUUUCGUUCAUAAAACGAAAAUAGCUAGAAGCGCGCAUACCAUCUAUGUAUUACGCAAAAGACAUCAGAAGCAGCCAGAGGACCAAGGCGAGAUUGAAACUCGCUGAAACAUUGCUACACACAUAUACACUCACACGUGAAGAGGGAGGUAUACACAUGAUGCACGAAGAAAGUUGUGAUAGACGUCGAUCAGACGCUUAUAAGAAAAAGAUUUUGUUCCUUUGUCGAAAAAAUAUGAAUCAAACGAAAUGUCCCUCGCUUGUUCGUCAUGUACGCGAGUGACAAGAAUAAAAUUAGAUAUGUUUAUUACUGAUAUAGUGAUUUUUAGUUUUAAAUGGAAAAAAAGAAGGCAAAAUGAAAACGUCGAAUUCUUCCAAGAACGGAGAAAAAAUGAUUCUAGUUAGUGUUUUUUAUGAUCUCUUUCUCUCAGCAUAUACGACUACUACUAUGAUUACUAUUAAUGCUACGCAAUCUGUGCCCCGUAUUUUUGUAUAUUUUUUGUCUGCAGAUACCGCCCCAUGUCCCAUCCUCUAUGCGGCCUUUUUCUCUAUGUCCCUGAACCCUCACCCCUUUAUUGCUAGGCACAGUUUGUUUUGUUUUCUCGAGUAUUGCAUAGUAGACGAAGUGAUAGAUUCGAAUUAUUAUUAUUAUUAUUAUUAUUAUUAUUAUUAUUAUUAUUAUUAUUAUUAUUAUUAUUAUUAUUAUUAUUAUUAUUAUUAUUAUUAUUAUUAUUAUAUUAUUAUUAUUAUUAUAUUAAAUUUAGGGUUGUCCAUAAUUUAUCAAAUUUUAUGUUGAUUACUAUUGAAAUGUCUAUCGUAUUCGUAUGCAGGAUGCUCUAUAUUAAUUAAAGGUGAUACAAGAAUCGCAUUAAAUGAAAAGAUGAAGUCGAUGAAACGCGUUAUCAAAAAAGAAGGAAAUGACGUAAAAGGAACAGGAAACAAAAAAAAUGAAAAAAAAAGAGUUAAAACAAACUGUAUAAAAUAACAAGGUUAGUCAAUUACAUAGUACGAGAAUAUUAAUCGUUUUUUGUGUAAUUAAUUAUCAAAAUCGCAAAAUUAUGUGGUCAAUGAUCUGAAUUAUGGGCAACCGGCAGAAUACGUAAAACAAUAAUCAUCAUUUAGUACCGUACUGGCUUCCUGAUCCUCCGACCUAGCUUUACCGAACGUUUUAAAUACAAGAUAUAAAUACCUACCAUUACAAGGAAGUAAUGAUAUCGAAGAUUUAAUGCCAUACAUGUUCUGUGAUAAGACCACUGUAAUUAACCGCAAUUGUAUCACAACCUUUCUAGAACUUUCUGACGAUCCUGGCAGCCAGUGAAUUUAUCUUUUAAGGAAACGGUCGCUAUAUCCGGACAGUCCCAAAUCUAGCGUCCCUUUCGAUUUUAAGGUUUUUACUGUACAUAUCUACUGUAUUUUAUAAGAACUGAACCGAAACGGAACCAUACUUUUAAUGAAGGGUACAAUAAUCAACUAUAAUUUAUUCUAUUUUACAGACUGUGCUAAACUCAUGUUCCUUGAAACACACUAGCAAUGCUUUAAGUAAAUGUAAUGUAAUCGCGACAAAUUAAUACGAUUAGAUUAUAUAUGUGUAUCUCGUUUUUAAUCUCGACACGUGUAUACACUUACCCGUACCGCCUGUCGUGAUGGCGUAAUGUACCUCUGUCGAGGUUAAAAAGUAAUGAAGAAAAAAGAAGCAACUCCUAUGGAAAAAUAGUUAGGGAAUGUUUUUCCACCGUUUUUUACAUGAUGUUUAUUUCAUUUGUAGUAGGUUUUAAGGCUUACGAAAGAAUAAGUCGAUAAAACUACAAAACAGAGAAAUGAAAAUAAAGAGAAAAUAAGUGUAAAGGAAACAAUGAAAUAUGUAAGCGCUUUAAGGAACAGAUUUUGGCCAUGUGUGCUCGCUCAGAUUUUAAAGAUGUCAAACAAAAAAAGAGAAAAGAAAAAAUUGUCUACGUCCAUUCUAAUACCCAUGUUCUAUCUUUGGGACUGUGCGGCGAACAAAAAAAUAUCUCAUGAAACUCGUAAUGUUGAAUGUCUUUUUCCUAAAAACGCGAAAAACUAAAUAUUAAUACCGUACGACAGUUCGAGAAACAUUAGAUGCAAUUCUUUUUGAACCAAUCUGCAUGAGCGUAUGACUGGAUAAUUUGAUAAACUAAGUACAAGUAAGACAAGUGUUACCUCAUCAUGAAAAUCAGCAUGUUCGUGUCGCACUAGCUACUACUGCGCUGCUGUCUGAUACACUUCCAUUGUAUAUUGCAUUUAAACUCGAAGAAAAAAAAGAAGCUUUUUGUAACGAAUAGUUCAGCAGUGGUAGCUUUUCGAAGUACAUGACUGCUGUUCAUCGAACCCAGCUCAUAUAAACGUUCAUUUUUCCAUUUACUUUAAGUCAUUGCACCACAUCAAAUAAAUGACAUUUUCAUUAUAUAAUCAUGAGAA